AUGGGUCUCCUUACUUUGGUCGAGGACCGCCCGACGCCGAAGAGCGUCUACAACUGGCGGGUUUAUUUCUCUGCUGCCGUCGCCGGGUCUGCUGCCAUGAUGAUCGGCUACGACAGCGCCUUCAUUGGAGGCACUCUCGCAUUGUCGUCUUUCAGAGAGGAGUUUGGCUUUGAUACGAUGUCCAAAUCCCAUGUCAACCUUGUCAGCGCCAACGUUGUGUCCUGCUACCAGGCGGGUGCCUUCUUCGGAGCAUUCUUCGCCUAUCCCGCCGGCCAUUUCCUAGGUCGCAAGAUUGGUCUCCUCAUUUCCGCUACUGUCUUUAUUCUCGGUGCUGGGCUCAUGCUGGGCGCCAACCACGAGCGCGGUCUUGGGUUGAUCUACGGUGGUCGAGUCCUUGCUGGCCUUGGAAUCGGCGCUGCAUCCAAUCUGUCUCCUAUUUACUGCUCGGAGAUUGCUCCUCCCGCCAUUCGAGGGCGUCUGGUCGGGCUGUACGAACUUUCAUGGCAGAUUGGCGGUCUCGUCGGGUUCUGGAUCAACUACGGUGUCAACGAGAAUCUUGCUCCGUCCAAGACGCAAUGGCUUAUCCCCUUUGGCGUUCAACUCAUUCCUGCUGGAUUACUGCUCGCAGGUGCGGUUAUCAUCAAAGAGUCGCCGCGUUGGCUCUUCACGCGCAACCGCCGCGAAGAAGCAAUCAAAACACUGUGCUGGCUGCGUCAGCUCCCUGCCGACCAUGUCUACAUGCAAGAGGAAAUCAUGGCUGUCGACAACGCGAUUGAACACCAACGCACCACUGUCGGUCUCGGCUUUUGGCACCCGUUCCGAGCUGUCUACAGCAACCGCCAGACUACCUAUCGCUUUCUCCUGGGUGGUUCGCUCUUCCUGUGGCAGAACGCCACCGGAAUCAACGCCAUCAACUACUACUCACCCACGGUGUUCAAAUCCAUCGGUGUCCACGGCACGAACACGUCUCUUCUGACGACCGGAAUCUUCGGUGUCAUCAAGACCACGCUCACCUUGGUCUGGCUCUUUUUCUUGAUCGACAAGCUGGGUCGCCGCACGUUGCUGAUCUGGGGUGCUUUCCUGGGAGGAUUGUGCAUGUGGUACAUCGGCGGGUACAUCGCCAUUGCGGACCCUUCGUCCAAAUCCAGCACGGAUUCUUCCAUGUCAGGCGGAGGCAUCUCGGCCAUGUUCUUCUUCUAUCUCUGGACAGCCAUCUACUCACCGUCUUGGAACGGCACACCUUGGGUUCUCAACUCUGAGAUGUUCGAUCAGGGUGUGCGCACCCUCGCACAGGCCUUUGCUGCUGCGAACAACUGGUUCUGGAACUUCAUCAUCGCUCGCUUCACCCCACAAAUGUUCGCCACAAUGUCUUAUGGCGUGUACUUCUUCUUCGCAUCCCUCAUGCUCAUUGCCGCCGUCUAUGUCUUUUUCCUUAUCCCCGAGACCAAGGGUGUCCCUCUUGAGGCCAUGGACCGCCUCUUCAGCCGAGAGUACCCGGCCAGAAAGGCACACAAGGCGGUGCUGGAGGAACUGCGCAUCAAGAACCAAGAAUUCCGAAGGUUGAGCAUCCACGAAGAAAAGACGAUUGUUGAGCAGCACGAGGAGAGAGUCUAG